AUGGCUCCCUUUGUCUCGCUGCUCCUGCUCUGCGCCCUCUUGCUGUCGCUCGUCCACGCCGCCUUGCUGCCUUCUCCAUCCUCCGUUGCAAUUCUCAGCAGCAGCACUAUCACCACCGCCCCCGCCAGCAGCACCACCACCGCCGCCAGCGUCACCAGCACUAGCUCCGUCGUACGCUUUCCCGUUCUGCAGAAAUACUGUUUCGAGGAGCAAGAGGACCACUGCGUCGCCGUCUGGCGCGACAGCAACACAAAGACUUUUCCCCCUGCUCAUCUCCGCCGAGAUGCGAGCACAGUGACCACCGCCACGUCUUUUGUGAUGGCAACCACACCGGCAGCAACCUCUGAAAUGUUGACGACCACUGUCGCCGCGUCAUCGACGCCGUCAGCGACCAGAGCGGAAGCGUCACCGUCGUCGUCGCAAACUUCGGAAGCGGCAGCCGCACCGGCUUCGAAAAUGGGCGCUGGGCCGGUCCUUGCGCUCAUACUGGGUCUUGGGGUGCUUGUUCUAUGGGGCUGA